AUGCAAGCUUGGCCUCCACUCGCUAUCGAAGGAAAGUUCGCUUCUCAGCACGGGUCGAAAUCUAAAGAUCAGAUGUGCCUGAUCCUCUGCUCGAUUUUCUUGGCUAAGAAGAUCCAGCUUAAGAAGAAGAAGAUGGGUUUUCAAGAAUGCGAUAAAGAAGAGAAAUGGCUUCAGAUGGCCUCUAAAGCCUGA